GGGAGAGGGAUGGGGGGCGGGCGCAGAGGACGGCGGAGCCGGCCGGACACGGACUGCUCCUCCGCUCCCUCCCUCAGCACAUCCCCGCGUCCCCACUUCCCUCCUCCCCUCGCUCCGAGCAGCAUCCUCUGCAGACCCUCGGUCCUCCUUCCCGGGGUCGUCCGGCUCCAGCGGCUCCCCGUAAUUACCCCUCUUCACCGGCCAACCCGGGAACUUUCUCCACCCGCUCCCGGGAGUGGGGGGUCGCUUUUUUCCUGGGGCGGAUUUUUCCUGGGGUUCACUGGGGGGCAGUGUCUGGAAAAGGGCUUGAGGGUCCUAGAGAGACGUCUGCCACCUGCCACCUGCCCCCAGGGGGCCUGCCGUCGGGUCUUGGCACCCCCUCUUCCUCUCUACCCCAACCAUGACCGAAAUGAGCGAGAAGGAGAACGAACCGGAUGACGCGGCCACCCGCACCCCCCCGGGGACCGUCUCUGCCCUCCAGGAAACCAAGCUCCAGCGGUUCAAGCGCUCACUUUCCCUCAAGACCAUCCUCCGAAGUAAGAGCGUGGAGAACUUCUUCCUUCGCUCAGGCUCUGAGCUCAAGUGCCCCACUGAGGUGCUGUUGACGCCCCCGACCCCGCUGCCCCCUCCCUCCCCACCACCGGCAUCUACAGAUGGGAGCUUCCCUACCCCGGCCCCCUCCCCUUGCCCAAUCCCACGGCCCCUGGCACCACUCAAACCAGUAAGGCUGCACAGCUUCCAGGAACACGUCUUCAAGAGAGCCAGCCCUUGUGAGCUAUGCCACCAGAUCAUUGUGGGAAACUCCAAGCAGGGUUUGCGGUGUAAGACGUGCAAAGUCAGCGUCCACCUCUGGUGCUCCGAGGAGAUCUCCCACCAGCAAUGCCCAGGCAAGGUGUCCUCCUCCUUCCGUCGAAACUUCAGCUCCCCCCUCCUGGUGCAUGAACCACCCCCAGCCUGUGUCACAAGCAGAGAGUCCCCACCCACUGGGGCCAGCGGGAAGGUAGACCCCGUCUAUGAGACGCUGCGCUAUGGCACCUCCUUGGCACUGAUGAACCGCUCCAGCUUCAGCAGUACCUCUGAGUCCCCCACGCGGAGCCUGAGUGAGCGGGAUGAGCUGACCGAGGAUGGGGAAGGCAGCAUCCGCAGCUCAGAGGAGGGCCCUGGCGACAGUGUGUUCACAGCCCCGGCCGAGAGCGAAGGGUCAGGACCAGAGGAGAAGAGCCCUGGACAGCAGCCCGCAAAACCCCCUCUGCGGAAGGAUGUGGGGCCCAUGUACUCCUAUGUCGCUCUCUACAAGUUUCUGCCCCAAGAGAACAAUGACCUGGCUUUGCAGCCUGGGGACCGGAUCCUGCUGGUGGAUGACUCUAACGAGGACUGGUGGAAGGGGAAGAUUGGCGACCGGGUUGGCUUCUUCCCAGCCAAUUUUGUGCAGCGCGUAAGGCCAGGAGAGAACGUCUGGCGCAGCUGCCAACCCUUCUCCGGGAACAAGGAACAGGGGUACAUGAGCCUCAAGGAGAACCAGAUCUGUGUGGGUGUGGGCAGGAGCAAGGAUGCUGACGGCUUCAUCCGCGUCAGCAGCGGCAAGAAGCGGGGCCUGGUGCCAGCCGACGCCCUGACCGAGAUCUGAGAGGAGCCAAGAGAACCCAGAUGCCACCCCUGCCCGAGCCUGGCCCUUGCUUCUGGCCCUGGAGAGGAACGGGCAUCUGCCCACACUCUUCCUCCCUCUGCCUCUCUCCUAGGAGCCACCCCCCAUGGCUUGGGAGCCCUCUGCACAGAGGAAGGUUUUAUUUCUUGGGUCCCAGGGUGCCCUGAGGGAGUUGCUGCUCUGGGACUCGGGGGUGAGGAAGGAGGAGAAAGUGGGAGGGAAUGAGGAAGUUCCAGGUGGGUCCAGCCAGUGCCCAGACACCCCCACUUGCCAUGCUGAGUGCGGCCCUGGGGAGGGGGGCAUUCCUGAGGAAUUUUCUCGCUGCUUUGUCCAGAGAGCCUUCUCAUGUCCACACCACCUUUGCAUGCCCGACACCAUUCCCCCCCUCCCCACAGAGCCUCUGCUUGGGUCUAUGUGUGUGUGACCCUGCGGCUGCCGCUUUGGAAGUGGGACCUUGGGAAGGUGACUUCCCAAAUCCCUCAGCUCUCUGCCCUGGGUUGGGAGGGGAUUCGGGGCUGCAGGAGGAUCCUGAGUCCACCUCCUGGUGUCCCCUCCUCUGUCC